AGGCAGGAUGAACGCUGCGAGACAGAGAAGUGAAACGCAAAUGUGGACGCGAACGCGAACGCGUUACGUAACCGUCGCUCCUGCAGUUCAGUGAGCGGCCUGCGGGGGUCGCAUCGCAUCGAGGGGCGACUCAGGCGGUGGGUCAGCUGAGACUCGUCACGUCGCGCGGACCGGCACCAGAAGAAGGACGGCAGCCGGAGCAGCUCCCCUCGACGCCGAGUAUCGCUUUCACUUCCUGCGCGGUCGUCUUCAACCCCGAACCUGAGCAUGGGGAACUGGGUCGCCCGGGAGGACUAUGAGUGGGUCUACACCGAGCAGCCGCACGCCGACCGCAGGAAGGAGAUCCUGGCCAAGUAUCCGGAAAUCAAGUCUCUGAUGGGACCGGACCCCAGACUCAAGUGGAUUGUGUGCAUGAUGGUGGCUGUCCAGUUCCUGGCCUUCUACCUGGUCAAGGACUUGGACUGGAAGUGGGUCUUGUUCUGGACCUACACCUUCGGCAGCUGCAUCAACCACUCCAUGACCCUGGCCAUCCACGAGAUCUCGCACAACACCGCCUUCGGGAACAGCCGCGCCAUGUGGAACCGCUACUUCGCCAUCUUCGCCAACCUGCCGGUGGGGCUGCCCUACUCCGCCUCCUUCAAGCGCUACCACCUGGACCACCACCGCUACCUGGGUGGCCACGGCGUGGACGUGGACAUCCCCACUGAGUUUGAGGGCUGGUUCUUCUGCACGCGCCUGCGCAAGUUCGUCUGGAUCAUCCUGCAGCCGCUCUUCUACGCCGUGCGGCCACUCUGCAUCAACCCCAAGCCCAUCUCGCGGCUGGAGCUGGCCAACGUCACCAUCCAGCUCACCUUCAACGCGCUGCUCUUCUGGCUGUGGGGAGCCAAGCCCCUGGUCUACAUGAUGGCGGGCUCCCUGCUGGGCAUGGGCCUGCACCCCAUCUCCGGACACUUCAUCGCUGAGCACUACAUGUUCAUGAAAGGCCACGAGACCUACUCGUACUACGGCUCCCUCAACCUGCUGACCUUCAACGUGGGCUACCACAACGAGCACCACGACUUCCCCAGCAUUCCAGGGCGCCGGUUGCCCAUGGUGAAGAAGAUCGCCGCCGAGUACUACGACGACCUGCCUCAGUACACGUCAUGGGUGAAGGUCCUGUACGACUUCAUCAUGGACGACUCGCUCAGCCCCUACUCCCGAGUCAAGAGGAAGCUGAAGGGCGACGUCAAGCAGGAGUGACGUCCUCCGCCUCACAGCCACGCUUCACUGUGCCUCCUUAACUCGCCUCAGCUUCAGCAGCAGAAGGCUCCGGACGUGUUUUAUUAACUUCCAACUGUGUGUUAGUGUUGCUGGUGGGCCGGACCAGGACGGUGACCACAGCUCGUGCCCCCCUCUCGCCCCCUCUUGAAGUGCCUGACAUUAGAUGUGCAACACAGGUUGUACUCCGAGUCUCUGCCUGCUGCUGCGAGUGACAAACAUCAGGCACGAGCACCUGAUGAUUGUCUCUUGCACUCGAGCAGCCCAUCCUGAACUAAACACCACCUGAAGAAUCCAAAGCUCUCUCCCGUCCAGGGUCUGCCCCAUGGUCCGAUUCUCGACUUACUCCGAGUCUGGAGGGAAGCUCUCUGUGGAAGCUGCACCUCAUCCUGUCACGACUGCCGACCUGAAGGCUCAGGUCCUCAGGUGAGCCAGUAACCAACCUGGCUCUGUAAAUCAUCGCACGUGACCCACUGGACACGACCGUUGCCCCCAGGAUGAGAGCUGCUCUGUGAUUGGUCCGGAGAACAAGUUACUGUCUUGAUGUCUAACAGAAGCUUGUGGUUUUGAUUAUUUUUGUAUUUCAGAUGAUCUGAAGACAAUAAAGAGACCUGAUCCAGAGCACUGGUCCUGUGGGCUUUCACUA